GUGACAUUACUAGGCAACAGAUCGAUUUAAAUAACUCGAAACAAGAUAUUAAAAUUUCAUUCAAAACAUACUUGAUUUUACACGAAUUCGUUACAAACAUGGAUAAGCAAUCUGUAAAAAUGAAAUCGCGAAGGAAAAUAGUGAAUCCUGUGUUUCAUUUACAAACCAAACAAGAAAAUGACCAGCAUAUUACCAAGGACGUAAUAAGGCUUGUUAAAAACACUGGUAAAUUGAAUUUAUCUUCAAAACAUCUAUCAGCAGUGCCGGAUAAAAUGUUUGCCAUGUAUGAACUAACAAACGAGAAUGAAAUAAAUAUCGAUUUAAGCAGAACUAUCGAUGAAGGCGAUGCAUGGUGGAGUAUAAAGCCUCUAACACACCUCGAUAUUAGCUCUAAUGUUUUAACAGCGAUGCCAAAAGAUAUUAACAUGUUUCAGGAUUUAUUGGUUUUAAAUUUACAAGGCAAUUUAUUAACACAAUUGCCAGAAGAAAUAGGUGACUUGAAGAAAUUAACCACAUUAUCGUUAAAUCAUAAUAAACUGUCCGAGCUACCUAAGAGUUUUUUUAAAUUAACUGAAUUAAAGCAGCUUUUUAUUAAUGACAAUAAUUUGAGUGGUAUAUCUAAAGAUAUAUCGGAUCUUGUAAUGCUGGAAAAAUUGGACUUAUCAAACAACAAAAUUUUAAAAUUACCAUCAGGAAUCGGAUUUUUAGUACGUCUCAUAGAAUUAUCAAUUUCACACAAUAAGUUAAAGAAAUUACCGCCAGAUAUUGUAAAUAUCAGAGCCUUACUGAAAUUAGAUAUUAGUCAUAACAGUAUUACCAGUUUACCGCCGAUGGGCGAGCUUCGGAAAUUACAGAUUUUAUAUGCUCAACACAAUGAUAUUACGGACAUACCGAGUUUUAUCGGUUGCGAACAACUGUACGAAUUGCAUUUUGGGAAUAAUUUCAUUCAGGAAAUUCCCCAGGAAUUCUGCGAGUACACGACCCACCUCAAAAUUCUGGAACUCCAAGAUAACCAAUUAAAAUCUAUACCAGCCGAAAUCACCAAGAUUGCCCGUUUGGAGAAACUCGACAUCACUAAUAAUGAUAUCGAAGACAUACCAAACACAAUCGGUAUAAUGCCACAUCUUCACUUAUUCAAAAUCGAAGGGAACAAAUUGAAGCAUAUAAGAUCAGACGUUAUACGAGCUGGUACAAACAGAAUUCUCAAGCUUCUGAGAGAUACGAUCAGCGAUGAAGAUAUAGCGGCUUCAAACGUAUCUUCAGAUGUAUCUUAUGACAGCAAAAUUUAUCCAGACAGGUAUUCAAUGAGGAACGGCAAUAUUUUAAAUUUAGCCAUGAAAGAUAUCGGAGACAUACCAGAAGAAUGUUUUGUAGAAGCUAAUAAAGCUAGCGUUUGUAGCGUGGAUAUAUCGAAAAAUAAAUUCGUAAACAUUCCCUCUGGAUUAAUACACGUUUCUAAAUUUUUAACUGAAUUGAACGUGUCGUCGAAUAGAAUACGAGAAAUACCUGAGUUUUUAAAAGAUUUUACGAAUUUGAAAUUUUGCGAUUUGAGUAAAAAUCAAUUAGAGACUCUACCACAUUGUUUGAGCGAGCUCGUUUUUAUGAGAGAAUUGAUUUUAAGCAACAAUAGAUUUAAAAAUAUCCCUUCUUGCAUAUUCGGUAUGAUCGGUCUCGAGAUUCUCCUCUGCAACGAUAACGCAAUUGAAGAGAUUCCUAUUGAUGAAUUGGUAGUUUUAAAGAGGUUAACUAGACUAGAUUUGAGUAACAAUAACAUUAAUUUCGUUCCCCCGCAACUCGGAAAUAUGACACAAUUGAGGGCUCUGGAGUUGAAAGGAAAUCCGUUCAGACAACCGAGGUAUGCUGUUCUAGAGCAAGGAACAGAAUCGGUUUUGUCGUAUUUAAGAGACAAAAUACCCACUUGAGAUUAACUCUUCGAAAAUUUAAAAGAUUAUCCAGAAAUUACUACUAAAUACAAGCUCUUCGCUGUAUGUUUUUGUUAGAUUAUUGUAUACAUAACUUCAUUGGCAACCUAAUGUAACGCUAGUCAUUUCAAGCAUUUUUUUGUUAUUGUUUUUAUUAUUUUAUUAAUGUUGUUUUAUUAAUUUUUAACUAAAUGCGCCUGUUAGCUAUUUUUUGUUAUUGUUUUAUUAAUUUUUAACCAAGUGUGUGCCUGUUUGCACUCAAUUUUAACGUUGAUUAAUAAAC